AUGAGAGCACGGCUGUUGCGCGAGCUUAGCGUGCAGCAGCGGAAGAAAGAGAUUGAGGAGGAGCUCUUGGUCUUGCAGGCCAUGGAAGAGAAGAUCAGGGACACCCUCGAUGGGCUGGAGCUGGAAGAGGUUGCGCUUCGAGCUAUGAUAUCUACGCCAGAGGAGGACGAGGACAUGACCGACUACUCGUCAGACACUUGA